AUGGUUAUGGGUUGCCGUCAGCCGUUGAGUCCUCACGCUGUUAUGGUAGGAGGAGACACAUCCAUGGAGGCGGCGAUUGCGGAUUUGGAGGUUUGCCACGCGUCGCUGAAGCACCAGAUGACGAAGAUUCAGCUGGUGAAGGAGCAGUUGCGCGAAAAAUGGAAGCAGAGUAACGAGGACGCCGACAGCCCAAAGAACUCCGUUCAUCCCAUUCGUUGGUCAAGCCCCGGUGGAUCAGGCACCUUCUCAGCCUCCCAGAGCCAAUCAGCGGUCGUCUCUCCAGCUCCCAGGAACCUGCUUCCGCUCAACCUUCCAAGAGAAAUAUCAAGAGGUUCCUCAGAGAAUGGUUCAUCAGAGAGCGACGCGCACUCACCCCUCAGGCGGUUCCCGUCGGGAAUCCAUGGUUGGGAUUCUGAGGACCAGGCCAUCUAUGUCUUCAGGCCUGAUGGCACCAUCGUGAUGUGGAAUUCGGGGUCGGAAAAAUUGUUUGGAUAUACAGAAGAGGAGGCAGUCGGGCAGAAAAUAGGGGAGCUGCUGUGCUGUCAGCAGUCGAACGAGGCCGCCUCGCAAAUCAUUGCCCUCCUGCAGUGCUGGGCUGGCAACUCUCCCCUUACUAAGAAGUCAGGCGAGGUGUUCGACGCAAUGAUUACCGACCGGCCCGUGAUAGACAACAAGGGAAACGUGAGCAUGAUCGUGGGAGUGGCGAGUGACAGCCGGCCGUUCAAGGAGCAGGUUCGAGCGUUCAUCGGCAGCUGCAGCAGCAGCAUGCAUGUCAGAACGUCUGUCGGCCCUGUCUCCGCCGCCUCUCCUGCUGCCGCUGCUGCUUUGCAUUCUGCUACUACUGCUGGUGCUACUGCUGCUGCUGCUGCUGCUGCUGCUGCUGCCUCCGUUCGCCCUGCUGCCUCCUUUGGCGCUGCUGCUUCCACUCCUGAUAGCAUCCCAUCGCCCUCCAUGCCUCUCCAGAGCAUCCCAUCGCCAACUGCAGCAGAGGACAAGGCAGAGCGUCAGCAGGCAGCAGCAGGCCUCAAGCCCCUCCGUUGGAACGCAGGGUCGGAGAAGCUGUUUGGUUACACAGAGGAGGAGGCAAUGGGGCGGAACAUAGUGGAGCUGCUGUGCUGCAAAAAGACGAGCAACGCCGCCUUUCAAAUCAUCGCACGCCUGCAGGUGGGGCACUGUUGGACAGGCAACUUACCCCUGACCAAGAAGUCAGGCGAAGUGUUUGAUGCGAUGAUAACAGAUCGGCCUAUUAUCGACAACAAGGGCAACGUGAUAUUGAUUGUAGGGGUGGCGAGUGACAGUCGACCGUUCAAGGAGCAGAUUCAAGCGUUCAUCGGCAGCUGCAGCAGCAGCAUGCACGUCAGCACGUCCCUUGGCCCUGUGUCGACUGCUUCUCCUGGUGCCGCUGCUGCUGCCGCUGCUUUUCAUUCUGUUGCUUCUGCUCUGCCUAGUGCUGCCGCUGUUGCUGUUGCUGCUCCCCUUGGUGCUGCUGCCUCCUUUGACGGUGCUGCUUCCACACCUGAUGACUUCCCAUCGCCAGCCACGCCACUUGAGAGCAUCCCCUCUCCAACUGCAGCAGAGGACAAGGCAGGGGAUAAGGCAGAGCACUGGCAGUUAGCAGCAGGCUUGAAGCCACUGCAGCUGAAUGUGACCACUGCACCCCUGCGACCAAUCCGGGUUCCUGAAAACGCGACCAUUUUUGCAACCGGAAAUGCAACUGGAGGUGCUCCUUCCCGCGUGGCUCGUGUAACCUCCCGGCUUUCUGCUGCUCCUCUGCGUUCUCCCUCUCACUCCCGCACCACACCUCUGCGUCUCCCUGAGUUGGCCUACACAGAUGAGGCUGAUAUGACUGUGCCGCUUGCAGGCCUUGUUGCUCGUGGUUCUGGAGCUCUGGGCUUUCAAGGAGGAGGAGUUGAGGAAGGAGAAGCAGCAGCAAUGACGUUUGAUUUCCCGAAGGGAGAAACAGCAGUGCCAUUUGAUUUCAGUGCAGAAGGGGGGCCAGGAGGAGGGGAAGCCGCAUUACCAUUUGAGUUUGAUGCAGAGGGCGAGGCUGCUCACGCAGAGUGCCAGCACCCGUGGCAGAUACCUUUUGCUUCAACUGUCCUAUCCCUGGCUGGCAGGGUGGCACAGUCAAUCGGGCAGGUGCGCAAGCGCCUCUCUCCCACCAGCUCUACUGUCGCUUCUCAGGCCCACCUCCACCUCCCAGAACCCAUUUCACCGCAGCAGCAUCUCCCACUGCCACCAUCACCACCAGCAGCUGCUUCUGCCAACCAUAUCUCUUCAUCCGAAGCUCGUUUGCGUGGGGGCGUGCAGGGGAUGGUGAUCCAGGGAGGGAGGAGUCCCAAGGCGAGCAGGCUGAGUCCGGAGGGUGACAGGCUGAGCCGCCACAACAGCGGCUCUGGAAGCUCCUGCAGCAGCUCUAGCACUGCUGGCGCCGCUGCUGCUGGUGCUGCUGCUGCUGGCGCCGCUGCUGGUGGCGCUGCUGGUGCUGCUGCUGCUGGUGCUGCUGCUGGUGGCGCUGCUGCUGCUGGGGCCGGUGCCUACCAUCUCCCCUCUGUUGUUGCUGCCGCACAUGUGACUCAACUCGCUCCCCUGCAGCCUGAAACGUCCCUUGCUGGUUCUGCUGCUUCCGGGGCUGCUGCUGCCGCCACUGCUUCUGCUGCUGCUGCUGAUUCUCUCUGGCACGGCUUUGGCUUCUAUUCUGGUGGUGCUGGUGAUGCUGUUGCCGGCGAUGGUGCUGCUGGCUGUGGGGUUGGUGUCGGUGCCAUCGUGCCUAGUGGUGCUCGUGCUUCUGCUGCUCUGGCGGCUGCAGCUGCAGCUACAGCAUGCCAUGCACACAUGGAGGAUCUGAUCCUGGCGGAUACUCCCAAGGACCAGGGCGGCAUGGGCGGCAUGGGCAACAUGGGCGGCGCGGGCGGCAUGGGCAUUGUGGGAGACAUGGGUGAUAAUGGAAUGGGGUUUGUGAACGGGACGGAUAGGUGGGGAGGGAAUGCGAGGUUCCUGGAGAGGCAGCAGGGGGGUGUGAGCAUGCGAGGGCAGGAGCAGAGAGGGGCACUUGUUGACUCGCCUCUCAAGAGGUUGCUCGAAAGACAGCAGGGUUACGUGAGCAUGGGAGAUGGGCAGGAGCAGAGAGAGGCUCUGGCGCUGUGGCAGAGGCAUGCACAGGGGGAAAGUGAUGGGCAGGGCGGUGGGGUUGCAGGGAGGGAGUUGAGGGUGGAGAGGGAGCAGGGGAACAGGGAGAGGCAGGAGAGGGAGCGGUUUUGGGAGGAUGGGGUUGCACGGUGGGAGAUUCGGUGGGAGGACAUUCAGCUGGGGCAGGAGGUUGGGCACGGUGCAUGUGGCACGGUCUAUCACGGCACCUGGAACGGCUCGGAUGUGGCAGUGAAGGUGUUUGCACGGCAUGACAUCAGUGCUGACUUCAUGCACGACUUCAAGAAAGAGAUCCGCAUAAUGGAGAAGCUGCGGCAUCCCAACAUCCUGCUAUUCAUGGGAGCUGUAGCCUCCUUGGACCAUCUCGCCAUAGUUACAGAGUUCCUCCCCCGCGGGAGUCUCUUUCGUCUGCUGCACCGCCGCACCGCAGGGCUCACCCGCCUACGGCUCUUGCGCAUGGCACUGGAUGUGGUGAGUUGUGCUUGUGCUUCUUCUGUAGAACACGUUUGUAUGUCGCUACAGGCCGCUGUGAGUUCCUCCCCCGUGGCAGUCUCUUCCGUCUGCUGCACCGCGGGGCUCACUCGCCUGCGACUGCUGCGCAUGGCUCUCGACGUCGUGAGUUGCAUCGCUUGA